AGGCGCGGGCUGCCCCCUCCGCGGGUUUGGAUCCGGGUCAGUCAGGCUCCGCGAUCCGGGACCGACGACCUGAACCGACGGCACUGGGUAACUGGAGAGUCCCUGUAGCGAGGAGUAUUAGCGGGAACAUCAUAGUAGUGUGAAAAGUUUCACAAUGAAAUCCGAAGCCAAGGAUGGAGAGGAGGAGAGCCUACAAACUGCUUUCAAGAAAUUAAGAGUGGAUGCAUCAGGGUCCAUAGCGUCUCUGUCUGUUGGAGAAGGCCCGAGUGUCAGAGCAUCAGUCAGAACAGCAGCAGAUGAUACCAAACCUAAAACCACAUGUGCAUCUAAAGAUAGUUGGCAUGGUUCUACAAGGAAGUCUUCACGAGGAGCAAUGAGAACCCAGCGUCGUCGACGUUCUAAGUCUCCUGUCCUUCAUCCCCCAAAGUUUAUACAUUGCAGUACAAUAGCGUCUUCUUCCAGCAGCCAGCUCAAGCACAAAGUCCAGACUGACUCCCCUGACGGCAGCAGUGGGCUGGGAAUUUCAACCCCUAAAGACUUCAAUGCAGGAGAAUGCUCUACUUCUCUCGAUACUAAUCACACAGGGGCAGUUCUUGAGCCUUUGAGAACUUCGGUUCCAAGGCUGCCGUCAGAGAGUAAGAAGGAAGACUCUUCUGAUGCUACUCAAGUCUCCCAAGCAAGUCUCAAAGCCAAUGAUCUCUCUGACUUUCAAUCUGUUUCCAAGCUAAACCAGGGCCAGCCAUGUGCAUGCCUGGGCAAGGAGUGCCAGUGUAAGAGGUGGCAUGAUAUGGAGGUGUAUUCCUUUUCAGGCCUGCAGAAUGUUCCUCCCUUGGCCCCAGAACGAAGAUCCACUCUUGAGGACUACUCUCAGUCGCUUCACACCAGAACUCUGUCUGGCUCCCCCCGCUCCUGUUCUGAGCAAGCUCGAGUCUAUGUGGAUGACGUGACCAUUGAGGACCUGUCAGGCUACAUGGAAUAUUACUUGUAUAUUCCCAAGAAAAUGUCCCACAUGGCAGAAAUGAUGUACACCUGAUAGCAAGAAGCCAACUAACAUGCUUUAAACCAAUGAAGGGUUGUCAGAGAGAUGUAGUUAAUGGCAGACCUGGCAACCACUUUGUGUGAGAAGACAUCUGCUCACUGUGCUUGCAAUAAAAACUUUACUUGGCAUCUGUUCAUCUUCAUUCUUUAAACUUGUUCUCUGAGUUCUUACACACCUACCAAGGCAAGCUGAUUAAAGAAAAAGCCCUUUCACUUAGCAAUGCUCCUGGGGGAUGAAGAAACCACAAUUACUUGACUGGUAGCAGUGGGUACAUGUUUUAAAAGCCUUUGUAAAACGGUGCAUUUUUCAAAUCUGUUAAAGAUUUGGCGGGCAAGGGAAAUGCAAUGUGGUUUUGUAAUUGGACUGAACAUUUGUCAUGCUGUAGUUGCCGGCCCAGAAUAUUAGAACUUCUAUGACUGAUUUAAGCCAUCUCUGAUUUAACACAAAAUUUAUUGUCUUUACAGGUUUCUUACGUUAUUGUUAAGCCAGAGAUCUAAGGUUUAGAUUCAGUAUGAAUAAACUAGCUGGCUGCCCUGUGUUGUUUGAGA